GGACGGUGGCCCGUAAAGGACAAGUCUCGUGCACGCGCUUCCCUUACUUCCGUAUUUACUCCUGCAGCUGAUUCAGCUCAUUUGAUGGAAACAUGAAUGAAAACAAAUCCAAACUUCCAUUUUAUUAACUGAGCCGAGUUCAGCCUUUUCGUAUCCGGGAUUCCCGUGUGACAGUCAGCUGACAGGAGCCGGACUGUGCGUCAACUUUGAGUUUAAAACACGACAACUAACGAGCAGGUAGACAUGGCCACAAACCCACCAAAGACGAAGAUUUCGAUCACUUCUGAUGAAAGGCUGAAAAAACUGAAAACUGCUUUUGAAACAAAGUAUGGAGAAUCUCCUCUAUUCUACGCAUGUGCACCUGGAAGGGUGAAUCUAAUUGGAGAACACAUCGACUACUGUGGAUACUCUGUGCUGCCGAUGGCCAUCGAGCAGAACAUCCUGGCUGCCGUGUCGGUGAACAGUUCAGGGAAAAUUCAGCUGGCCAACACAAACCCUCAGUACCUGAGAAGUUUGGGAUCUCUAGUUUAGCAGGGAUGUCGUGUGUUGUAGACGGAACAGUUCCUCCCAGCUCAGGUCUGUCCAGUUCAAGUGCCUUAGUUUGUUGUUCUGGCCUUGUAACAAUGGAGGCAAACCAAAAAUCCCUUUCUAAGGUGGCUCUAGCUGAGAUAUGUGCCAAAUGUGAGUGCUACAUUGGGACAGAGGGUGGAGGCAUGGACCAGUCCAUAUCAUUUCUUGCAGAAAAAGGAACCGCGAAGCUGAUAGAGUUCCAGCCUCUGCGGGCCACUGACGUGAAGCUCCCAGAGGGCGCCGUGUUUGUGAUUUCCAACUGCUGCGUGGAGAUGAACAAAGCCGCUUCUUCUCACUACAACAUCAGGGUGGUGGAGUGUCGGAUCGCCACCAAGAUGCUGGCGCAGGCUCGAGGUCUGGACCCGAGCGGGUUGCUGAAGCUGGUUCAGGUUCAGACGGAGCUGGAGGCCUCUCUGGAGGAGAUGCUGGCCCUGGUGGACGAGGUUCUGCACCCGGAGCCGUACGACCGGGAGGAGAUCUGUAAAGUUCUGAGCAUCACCCCGGAGCAGUUCUCCUCAGAGCUGCUGAGCGCCAACACUCAACACUUGACGCACUUCAAGCUCCACCAGCGGGCCAAACACGUGUACGGCGAAGCUGCGCGGGUGAUGAGGUUUAAAAGCGUGUGCGACGCCGGAUCUGCUGACUCUGUGAAACUGCUGGGCGAGCUGAUGAACCAGAGCCACCAGAGCUGCAGAGACCUGUACGAGUGCAGCUGUCCUGAACUGGACCAGCUGGUGGACAUCUGUCUGAAGUCGGGGGCUGUUGGUUCCCGGCUGACGGGAGCAGGUUGGGGAGGCUGCGCCGUCUCCAUGGUGCCCAGUCAGAAGGUGGAGGCCUUCCUACAAGCUGUCAGGGAUGCUUACUACACCCCUGACCCACGCAGGGCGGCCAUGGAGAAGCAGAGUUUGUUUGUAACCAAGCCUGGUAGUGGAGCUGCCAUUUUCCUGGAGGAGUGAAAUGUACUGAAGUCUUAGACCAAGAAGCAACAAGAAGGUUUUUUUUUUCCAAAUCAGAUGAUGAAGGGAAGUGUGUUAAUUUUACUUUUCUGUUAAUGGAUCAGGGAAUUUCUAGUUUAAUUUUACCUUUUUUAUUCUUAAGUGGGGCCAAAUUUUCAACACAGGUGGGAUAAAUUAAGGCGUUUUGUGUAACAAGGAUAUUUUUGUUAGGCUCAUUUCUUUUUAAUACUUGGAAAAAAAUAUAAAUCUAUCAUUUAUAAAAUCAAUCUAUCCUUUUAUUAAAGGAUAUAGAUCAAGAAGCAAAAACAUGAUAAACUGUUUACAAUAAUAGAUACUGACAUACAACCAAAAAUACAGAUUGUUUCCUGUCAUUCAUUCUGCUCAACUUCUUUUUAUUUUAUUUCUUUUAAACAAAUUUUAUUUGCUUCACUGGACCCAGGUUUGGAGUUUGAUCAGCUGUCAGUUUAAUACAUUCAGCAGUUUAUCUUUUAUUUUUAAAUAGAUUUUGAGCCAUGCAUUCCACUUUUACCCAUUUUUAAAUCCAACCUAAAUCAAACCUUUCAAGGCACAGAACAGUGAGGUAUGUAAAUCUUUAGCGUUACAAAGUCAUGUGUCUCUAGUUUGGUUAAUGGCAAUAAGAAUGAUGAUAAAGUGUAAAGUUCUGUGCUUUCUGAACCUGCUGUAAAAGUGAAACAAAUUCAACAAAUGUCCUUAAUGAUACAGAUGAAACGGUUAAUUUCUUUAAAGUCCAACACCCACCAUUACAUUCUCAAGUGCUCUUCAGAAUACAAGAUUAUUAUUUUUUUUGCAUUCUGGCCAUGCAAGUGUAAAAAACAAACAACACUAAAACUGAUCAAACUAAACACUAAAGUCCAAACACACUAAAUCUCUUUAAGUUUGGGUUGUUUGCUCCAUGAGACUGCCUGUCUUUGCAUAUGCCCCCAGCCUGGUGCAAAGGAAAUGUGGCGGUCUCGCAUGGCGUGAUGUCACACUUCAUAUAUGGAAGUGAAGGGACUGUUUCCAAAACCGUGAUUUAAACAGUUUGAAGACGUCACAAAACAAAAUUGCUUUACUUUUUAACGUUUGCACAGAACAUCUGUGUUUAUUUGUUACGUCUCUAUGGUGGGUGUUGGACUUUAAUGUAGACAGUUGGAUUUGUUCAGACAAUGAUUUUGUUUCACUUCAGCUUUAACAUUCAUCUCACCUGAUUCAUAAUAAUAAAAAAAUGAGGUACGUU